CGCAAAUUUAGCGGCGGAAACUUCACUCCGACUCAGUUCAGCGGAAGUGGAGCUCCGGCGCGCAGCAGGUGUGACUUUUCCGCACUGACUGAGUGAAAGUUCACUUGUUGGAUCCACGGCAACAUGUCGCACCUCCGACCGAGGCUGUGUGUGCUGGAGAAGGGCUCCGCCGGCUACGGCUUCCACCUGCACGGAGACAAGAACCGGAGCGGCCAGUUCAUCCGGCUGGUGGAGCCCGACACGCCCGCGGCCGAGGCGGGCGUGCUGGCCGGGGACCGGCUCAUGUUCGUCAACGGGGAGAACGUGGAGGGCGCCAGCCACCAGCAGGUGGUUGCUAGGAUACGCGCCAGCGCCGGCGCGCUGGAGCUCGUCGUGGUGGACGAGGAGACGGAGCAGCUGCUGAACAAGCACAACCUGCGCUGCCGGACGGAGUACGUCACGGAGGGGAUCCCCGUCCCCGGCGGGGACAGCGACUCCGACCGCGGGGACUCGCAGAGCAACGGCACCCCGAGGGGCUCCACGCCGGCCCCGCGGGAGGACCUGCGGGAGAACGGGGACGCUGCCUCGGACAAGUCCGGGAGGCUGAGCGUCAGCUCUUCCACCAAGGAGGAGAGAGACGGGCCCCGGCCUCGUCUCUGCCACAUGAAGAAGGGCGCCGGCGGCUACGGCUUCAACCUGCACAGCGAGAAGAACAAACCGGGCCAGUUCAUCCGAGCCGUGGACGAGGACUCUCCGGCAGACCGGGCCGGCCUCCGGCCGCAGGACAAGAUCGCCCAGGUAAACGGCAAGCCGGUGGCCGGGCUGCAGCACUCGGAGGUGGUCGCCGCCAUCAAGGCCGGCGGAGACGAGACCACGCUGCUGGUGGUCGACGCCGAGGCCGACGACUUCUUCGCCAGCUGCGGCAUCCUCCCCACUGAGGAGCACCUGAGCGGACCUCUCCCUGAGCCACGGUCAGCGUCGAGGGUGGAGGAGGAAACGGUAAAGCCUAAAGUGUCUGUGAGCUCUUCAGCCUCCAGCGCCUCGUCCAACUCCUCGUCCCACGCUCCCCAGGCGGCUGCAAAGAGCUCUCCACCUCCAGAGGAAGAGCCCGUGGCCCGAGCGGUGGCCCGAGGGCCGGCCCCGGCCCCGGCGGGCGACAAGCUGGGUCUGGGCAUGUCGCUGGCGGAGGCCAAGGAACGAGCCCAUCAGAAGCGCUCUGCCAAGAAAGCUCCGCCCAUGGACUGGAGCAAGAGGAACGAACUUUUCAGCAACUUAUAAACUUCAACUCCACGCGUCCCUGCGCUGCCCUCCGGCGGACGAUCCGGACACAAUCGUCCUCCGGCCGUCCCCCGUCGGCCGCCGCGGGGAUCUCCUCAUCUGACGGACACACAGCUCCUUUUUAACUUCCACGUUCAACAGUAUUAUUCCAUGAUUUUAUUGUUUUAAUUUAGGGAUUUGCCACUCUUUCUUUUUCGUUUAAUGAUGUUUGCAUGACCCACAGGAAUGAAUGUUAAUAUAUGCUGCAAACUAGUGAUGUACAGUUUAUUCAGAGAAGAAACAGAAUACUAGGGCAGAUUUAAGUCUCGAAGUUAAAGUGUAAGAAGACGUUUCCUCCCGCCGGGACCAGAACAGCGCCGAGAAACUCCGCCGGUCCGUGAGGCCUCUGCGGAGUCAAACGAAGAGAUUAUUUGUUCUUGUUUCCUUUUGAUAAAUUUGUACAUACAUGAAUGAGUGAUUUAAGAGCAAAUUUUACUUGGACCGACUUGAGGGGAAGUCUGGAGCGGUGACGCGUUGAUUCUGCUGAAAUCAUCUGAUGUUUUUUUAAUUUUUGUUUUAAAAGCUGCGCUUGCCGGCGCGAGUGAAGACGUGGCUCUGUGCUGUACCAUCUACCGAUGACAAAUACAGAAUCUGGAUCAAA